AUGUCCAUUUCAAACGAUAAAAUACCUACCAAUCUUCCAAUCCUUGACUCGAAAAACUACGACAAAUGGGCGAAGCAAAUGAAGGUUUUGUUCGGCUAUCAAGAUGUUCUUGAGGUGAUCAAAGAUGGUGUUACGUCUCUCGUCGAAGGAGCUACGGAUGCUCAAAAGGCUACGUUCAAAGAAGAGAAGAAGAAGGAUUACAAAGCGCUGUUCUUGAUCCAUUCUUGUGUCGAUGGUGACAACUUUGAAAAAGUAGGCGAUUGCGAUUCCGCAAAGCAAGCGUGGGAGAUUCUUGAGAAGGCUUAUGCAGGGGCUGCCAAAGCCAAAGUGGUGAGGUUACAAACUCACAAGCGACAGUUCGAGUUAAUGCAAAUGGAGGACAAGGAGUCGAUAAACGAUUAUGUGACGCGUAUUACGCGUGUGGUGAAUCAAAUCAAGUCGUGCGGGGAAACUACGGUAGAGCAGAAUGUUGUGUCGAAGAUCUUGCAUUCUUUAACGCCAAGAUUCGACAACAUUGUCGUUGCGCUUGAAGAAUCGAAGGAUUUAUCGUCGUUGUCGAAGGAGGAGCUUCAAAGCUCACUAGAAGCUCAUGAACAACGAAUGGAUGAGAGGGGAAACGAUAAAGUGAAGUCGGAAAUAGCAUUGCAAGCGCGACUUCAUGAGAAGAGUAAACGAUCGGAGAGGAAAGGGCAUCCGAGAGGGAAGUCCAAUUUCCAGAAUUUUGGUGGUAGAAAUUCACAAAAUUCAAAGGGGCAAAAAGAUGAGGGAAGCUCCAAGGAGGGUGAUCAAGGAACCCACAAGCCAUUCGACAAAAGUAACGUGAAGUGUUACAAUUGUCAAAAGCUUGGGCAUUUCGCAAAGUAUUGCCACGCGAAACGAAGAGAAAAUCGCGCGGAUGAGGCGAAGUUUGCUAGGGAAGAAGCGAAUGAUGAUAAUACGCUUCUUGUGAUGAUCACGGAAGAGAAUUAUGGCAUGAGAAAAGGGUUGGACAGCAGUGGCAGCAGUGCAGACAAUUCUGCAGAAACGCGUUCGGAGAAAAACGCAAUGGUAACGGUUCAAGAUGGAAUUCAAAGUAGCGAUGAGUGGUACUUGGAUUCUGGUUGUUCGACUCAUAUGACAGGAAGAAAGGAUUGGUUUGUCAAGAUCAAUCAAGCCACGAAGAAUAAAGUGAGAUUUGCCAAUGAUACGACGUUAUCCUCCGAUGGCGUUGGAGAUGUCUUGAUCGUGAAGAAAGAUGAUGGUCGUUCAUUGAUCAAGGAUGUGCUGUACAUUCCAGGAAUCAAAUGUAAUCUCUUGAGCAUUGGCCAACUACUCGAGAAAGAUUACAUUAUUCGCAUGGAAAACAAGGUAUUGCGCGUUUUGGACCGAAAGGGAGUUUUGGUACUUAAAGCACCGAUGGCUGCCAAUCGAACUUUCAAGAUAGCAUUGAAAGUAAUGGAGCAUCGAUGUUUAGCUACAACGGCAAGUCGUGAGGAGUGGUUGUGGCAUUACCAUCUUGGUCAUCUAAAUUUUUGA